AUGAAAGCCUACGUUGCGAUUGCCCUCCUAUCCGUUGCCUUGUUGGCGUACGCUGGCCUAGGGCCCGUUUCGAACAUUGGUGUCGUUGGCGCUGUCGGACUUGGAGGCGGUGUCACCGGUGUGGGCUUAGGAAGUGGACUCAACCUUGCCGGCCCAGACGCCUCUGCUAGUGAAGGGUACCCUAACCUAGGCACGCCCGUUUCACCUAGGUCAGGGUUUCCAGGCAGUGUUCCUACCGUUCCGAGCCGGUUUCCUUCUAGCUCCGGAUCAUCUUCCUUUGGUAGUCCUGGAUUUUUCGGAUCUGGCACUGGAUCCACGGGAGGACCUGACUCAUUGGGUUCCUUGGGCGUUGGUUCAAUUGGAGGCGUUUAUGGUUCACCGAGCUCUGCACCCGUCUCAAGCCCCCAAUAUUACGGAUAUGGCGAUAUGAAUGGCUUCUACGGCAAUAACUUCGGAUACGGAAGUUAUGGCACUGGUUACGCUCCUUCUGGUGGCUAUGGCUCCGGCUAUGGCUCAGGCUUUGGUUACGGCUCCGGCUUCAGCUCUGGCGUCAACGGCUACGGAGGAAGCUUUGGAAAUAGGACGGGUAUCGUGCGCACCGAGGAAGAGCAGCGCGCCCUCCAAGAACGACGGCUGACGCCGAGCGCGCGUCGGUCGACCGGCAUGGAUUGUCGCGAAGCCGCCUUCCUUCCGACGAAGAACAGCAGCGUGCCCCUGAAGAUCGCCUUCGCGAAACAGAAACGGGAAUGGGCACGUUGGCGACGGCGUAAGGAGACCACCGACGACGAGCGGGCUGCCAACGCCAAGCGCAUGCGCGAUGCCUCCUCCCUGGUGUCCGCUGGGCCCCGUCCCUCUUCGAAGGUGGACGUUCGCGUUGGCGGCGCUGGAGUACCCGGCGCUGGAGUCGCCGGAAGCAGCUUCGGUCAUCCGGCCAGACCUUCCAGUGUGCACGGAUCGUUCUCCACAUCAUUCCCCGGAGUAAGCCUUGGAAGUGGAGCAGGCGCCGGUGGAUCUGGCUUUGGAAGUGGACUAGGCUCCGCAGGACAUGGCUUUGGAAGUGGAGUAGGCACCGUCGCAUCUGGCUUUGGAAGUGGAGGAAGCUUCGUAGGAUAUGGCUCUGGAAGUGGAGUAGGCUCCGUCGGAUCUGGCUCUAGUGUCAGCUCAGGCUUUCCCUCCGUAGGCACACCAGGAGGAUUCGGAACAGGGUUUACUGGCAGUUUUCCUUCACUGCCAAGUGUACUCCCCGGAAGUUCUGUCUCUUCCUCCUCUGGCAGUUCUGGGUCUCUUGGAUCUAAUGCUGGACCCGCGGGACAACCCAGCUUUACAGGAUCGUUUGGCGUAGUUCCGAGUGGAGGCUCGUUUGGUUCGCCGUACCCUGGAGGCCAUGGUUUCUUUAGUGGACCCACUUAUGGCCCCGCAUAUUACGGAAACGGUGGCUUCGAUGGCUUUUACGGCAGUGGCUUCGGCAACGGUGUCAGCGACGGAGGUUAUUAUGGUGCUGGUUUUGUUCCUUUUGGUGGCUAUGGUUCUGGCUACGGCUCCGGCUAUGGCUCCGGCUAUGGCUCCGGUUUUGAUUCUGGCUUUGGAGGUUAUGGAGGCCGCUUGGGCGGCAACUUCGGUGGUUUCGGCGGCCCCUCUGGGUUUUACGCCUUCCCUGGCCAAGGCUACUUUGGGGUCCAGCCGGGCUAUGGAUUUAGCUUCGGCCCUAGCCAUUUUGGAAGCAGCAAUGGUAGAGCUGGAUCUUCCCGAAGUGCGGGAGCAAAUGGAAAUACUGGCUCUGGAAGCUCCAGGUAA